GGCAGGGUCUGGGCUGAAGCUCUUUGCGGCUGCGGCGGGGGACCGGACUCGGACGCAGGGAGGGAGGGACGGCUGGGGCAAGGGACAGGCCCAAGGGCAGCGGGACCGGAGGAGAGAGUUGCAGUUCCAGAGAAAGAUGAGCUGGGUCCAGCAAUAUUAUGGCAGAAGAUAGCCACAUACAGAAGCAGCUAGAAUUCCAAAAUGGUAGCUUAGAGGAAGGAUUUGCAGUCUGUUCCCUGGAGAACAAGCCCCAAAACAUGAUGGAGAGCCUAGGCCCGAGGAAAUAUUCAUCAAGUCUGAAGUUUAAAGCCAAUGGGGACUAUUCUGGCUCAUAUUUAACCCUCUCCCAACCCGUGUCUACCAAGAGAAGCCCUUCUCCUUUGGGCACCAGCAUCAGGAGUAGUCCCUCCUUGGCCAAAAUCCAGGGAAGCAAACAGUUCUGUGAUGGAAUUGAUAAAAAUAUUUCCAUGAAACCUCCUCUUUCUUUCCUCAGCUCGGCAGCCUCUCUUGGCGGCUAUCCGCUUGGAAAAGCAGAUUUGGAUCAUUAUACUGGUCGAGACAGUGAAAGAUCCAAUAGGCUCUCAGAGAAGCCUCCCUAUUCCAGAUACAGCUCUAGGAAUAAAUCACAUGACAGUGUCUACUUUCUAGGGGGGUUGGAAGGAAGAAAAGCCUCUGGCUCACUCCUAACCAUGUGGAACGGAAAUUCCUUGAGUGGCACUGGCUCCACACCCAUCAGCAGGUCUGGGGCAGCGAGCAUGCCUUCAAGCCCAAAGCAAGCCAGGAAGAUGAACCUUCAGGACAACUUGACACUUCAGCCCAGGUUAAGCAGGCACAAGGAGCCAGUCUCUGAAAACGUCAGUGUGAGAACAAGGAAAUACUCAGGGAGCAGUCUGAGUAAUAUGGGUGCCUACAGCCGAUCGCUUCCCAGGUUGUAUAAAGCCACAGACAACCUGAUGUCACCUCUCAGCCUGCCGCCAAGAAGUUCCCUGGGCAAUUCCAGGCGAGGUCAGUUAGAAAAGGAUCUACCUCAUAGUCUAGUGGAUAAUGACAAUUAUCUUAACUUUUCUUCUCUAAGCUCAGGAGCUUCACCCUAUAAAGCCUGUCUGUCAGAGGGAAAUCCUUAUGUAAGCUCCGCCCUCAGUGUCCCUGCCAGCCCUCGAGUAGCUCGGAAGAUGCUCCUGGCCUCCACCUCCUCCGAUGACUUUGAUAGGGCUUCAUACUCAGGGACCAGCCCAAGUCAUUCCUUCAUUUCUGGAGAGCCAGACCGAGUACAUGUGGCCAGGAGGAACUUCUCUUGUGGAUCAAUGGAGCUUGAUGACUCUGAUCUAGAAAGCUUAAGACAGUCGUCAGAAACUCCACAACCGGUCCUUCGAGAACGGAAAAGUAGCAUCAGCUCCAUCUCAGGACGCGACGAUCUGAUGGAUUAUCACCGAAGACAGAGGGAAGAGAGACUCAGGGAGCAGGAGAUGGAGCGCCUGGAGCGGCAGCGGCUGGAGACCAUCCUCAGUCUCUGUGCUGAGUACACGAAGCCAGAAGGUCGCCGCCUGUCCGCUGGCACCACGGUGGCUGAUGUGCAGAAAAUCAACAAGGAGCUUGAGAAGCUGCAGCUGUCGGAUGAGGAGUCUGUGUUUGAGGAGGCUCUGGUGUGCCCGGACGCCAGGUACAGGUGCCACCGGAAGGGCUCUCUCCAGGAUGUAGACGUUGCUGGCUUCGGGAGCCUGGGUCACAGUGCCAGCUUCCUGGCCCCCAGGGGCAGCAGGAACGAUGAACUGCUUGGUGACCUCACUAGGACGCCCCCAUCAUCCUCAGCUGCGUUUCUGAAAGCAACCAAUGAGUCCUCCUACCUCAGUAUCCUACCAAAGACCCCAGAGGAUAUGAGUGAGGAACAGAGGACUCAAGAGUUGGCUGCAAUGGAAGAUGCCCGGAUGGUGAUUCUGAACAACCUUGAGGAACUUGAGCAGAAAAUCAAAGAUAUAAAUGACCAAAUGGAUGAAUCUUCCAGAGAGUUGGAUAUGGAAUGCGCUCUUUUGGAUGGAGAACAGAAAUCCGAGACGGCCGAGCUCAUGAAGGAAAAGGAGAUUCUAGAUCACCUAAACCGGAAAAUCACAGAACUAGAAAAGAACAUCGUAGGCGAGAAGACCAAGGAGAAGGUAAAGCUUGAUGCUGAAAGGGAAAAGCUAGAGAGGCUUCAGGAGCUGUACUCCGAGCAGAAGACCCAGCUGGACAAUUGUCCUGAGUCCAUGAGGGAGCAGUUACAGCAACAACUCAAGAGGGAUGCCGACCUGUUGGAUGUUGAGAGCAAACACUUUGAAGACCUGGAAUUCCAGCAGCUUGAGCACGAGAGCCGUCUGGAUGAAGAAAAGGAGAACUUGACUCAACAGCUCCUGCGGGAGGUGGCAGAAUAUCAGCGGAACAUCGUGGCUAGGAAGGAAAAAAUUUCUGCAUUGAAGAAGCAAGCCAGUCACAUCGUUCAGCAGGCUCAGAGGGAACAAGAUCACUUUGUGAAAGAGAAGAACAAUCUAAUAAUGAUGCUCCAAAGAGAAAAAGAGAAUCUUUGUAAUUUGGAAAAGAAGUACUCCAGCCUCACUGGUGGGAAAGGGUUUCCUAUUAACCCUAAUACUCUGAAAGAGGGCUAUAUCAGUGUAAAUGAGAUUAAUGAGUCAUGUGGCAAUUCCACGAAUCUAUCCCCUUCCACUCAGUUCCCUGCUGAUGCUGAUGCUGCUGUCACUGAGCCUGCCUCGGCUGUGCCGGUGAGCCAGCCCCAGAGUUCAGAGCACUUUAGAAGCCUGGAAGAAAGGAAAAAGCAGCACAAAGAAGGCCUCUACCUGAGUGACACUCUGCCUCGAAAGAAAACCACCCCUUCCCUGUCCCCACACUUCAGCAGUGCCACAAUGGGGAGGAGCACCACCCCUAAGGCUCACCUCCCUCUGGGGCAGAGCAAUAGUUGUGGCAGUGUGCUCCCUCCCUCGCUGGCGACCAUGACCAAGGACUCUGAGUCUCGGAGGAUGCUCAGAGGAAGAAUGAAUUCUUCAGCAGGUUAUAAUCACCAACAGAUGAGUGAAGGACAAAGACAGAAACCUGAAUUUUACAGCCGCACAGCAUCUGAGUCAAACGUCUACUUGAAUAGUUUCCAUUACCCAGAUCGCAGCUACAAGGACCAGGCCUAUGACACGCUGAGCCUGGACAGCUCUGACAGCAUGGAGACCAGCAUCUCUGCCUGUUCACCAGACAAUAUUUCUAGCGCCAGCACAUCCAAUAUUGCCAGAAUAGAAGAAAUGGAGAGACUCUUGAAACAGGCACACGCGGAGAAGACGCGGCUGCUUGAGUCCAGGGAACGGGAAAUGGAAGCCAAAAAACGAGCUCUGGAAGAAGAAAAACGACGCCGGGAAAUCCUGGAAAAACGACUGCAAGAAGAAACCAGCCAGAGGCAGAAGUUAAUAGAAAAAGAAGUCAAAAUAAGAGAGAAACAAAGGGCGCAGGCUCGUCCGCUGACUCGUUAUCUGCCUGUCCGGAAGGAAGACUUCGACUUGCGGAGUCACGUGGAAACUGCCGGCCACAAUAUUGACACCUGUUUUCACGUGUCAAUCACAGAGAAGACUUGCCGAGGAUACCUCAUCAAAAUGGGUGGAAAAAUUAAAACGUGGAAAAAACGCUGGUUUGUUUUUGACCGGAAUAAGCGAACAUUUUCUUACUAUGCAGACAAGCAUGAGGCUAAAUUAAAAGGAGUGAUAUACUUUCAAGCCAUUGAAGAAGUGUAUUAUGAUCACCUCAAGAAUGCUAAUAAGAGUCCUAAUCCAUUACUCACCUUUAGCGUCAAGACGCACGACAGAAUCUAUUACAUGGUGGCCCCUUCACCGGAGGCCAUGCGGAUCUGGAUGGAUGUUAUAGUGACUGGAGCAGAAGGAUACACCCACUUCCUGUUGUAGUGAACUUUGGCUGUGGUCCACUUCAGGGAAGACUGCAAUAGUCUCUUACAAGAAUGAGGCCAUAUCCAGUCUCAGAUGGAAAGGCCCAACAGACCAUCCCUUUGGCUGUGUGCACUCAGAACUCUUUUUAUAAUGGGGAACCUUUCAUACAAGAGGAAGCAGGGCCCAUAGUGAUAGAACUGAAGCUCCUACAACAAAAACAAAAACAAAACACUAUUUUGAUAAAAGCAACAUUUAGAUACACACUCUUUUUUAUCAGCUGGUGUUAGUCAAAUGAACUGAACAGUUUACACAAUAUCUGUAAAUAUGUACUUAGAAAUACAAGAUUAUUUUAGCACCCAGCUCAUUUGCCCAUGGUGAUCACCUGCCUUCUUUGUAGGAAGUAGAACUUUAUAGAAAUAGACAAAUAAUGACUUAGAAAGCAACAGGUUUUAGACAUUUUGCCUUAGUUCUUAAAUACUGCACCUAAACCAAAGACUUGGCUUGACUCCUGUUUAACAUCAGUGUUGCUCUCUAAAUAGUCUUUAAAAUAGGAUUUUGAUAUUAACUCUGUAAUAUCCACCCCCAGCCUAUAACAAGCUUCUGUGCAUAUAUAAUAAGCCACUUUUUUUUAAAAAAAAAAAAAAAAGAAUAAAAACCAAAAAACAAAAAACCUCCUUGUUUUAAGAAAAGGCUAUCUCAGACAACAGACCCCUGCAACAUCAGGCAGUUUGAAUUAAGGAGAAUAUUUAGUGGGGGAUCCUGUUUUGUUGAAGAUUUGUCUGUUCCCAGAGCUGAGAAUGAAAGUAACCAGUAGCCAGUGUGCUCCACACUGCUGGAUUCCCCUUGCUUAUGAAGCAAACAUGUUAUCGGCACCCUCACAUGGCGUAACUAUGAACCCUUCUCUGUUUCACCAAAAAUCUGAGCAAUUACAAUAUCUUUUUUUUUUCCAAAAGACAACCAAAAUUCAAAUUAACAUUCUCUAUGCUAUAUCUUUUUCCAUGUAUCUUUACAAAUAGCCUUUGUUUUUAGAGCUGAUGUUUGUUGAAUGAAAUGACUUCAGGCAAGUCUCUUUUAUAAUCAUUUUUCAAGUGCCAUUUGUGUGUGUGUGUGUGUGUGUGUGUGUGUGUGUGUGUGUGUGUGUGUGUUCUGUGUUUGUUAAGUAUGAACAAAUUAUUUCCUAAAACAUGCCAAAUGGAUAGAAGUAGAAAACAAUGUUUAGAAAUGUGUCCAUAAAACUGUCAGGCCUAACUGAGUACAAUUAAAAGAGAAACUUACAGUGUAGUUUUUAUACCUGUAUACAUGUUGCCAAUAAUAAGAUUUUUGCAACUGGAUGAUGCAAGGUUUUACUUGAAUAACGAGGGACAAAGAUCAUGAUCAUAGGAGGUAUUAUUUUUGUCUGUGAUUUUUGCAGAGGUUCCCCUUCAAUGCUAGUGGUCUUAAACAUUGAAAUGUAAUUGUUAAGAUUUGGUUCCUUGAUGUAAAGAUACAAUUUGUCUGUACUGUACUUUCUUCAUAGGAUUGUAAGAGUGUUCUAAUCAGUUUGCAUGUCAUGAAUCUUUUAGAUAUGUAUGUGUGUUAAAUAUAUGAUAUUUAGAUUAAAGUGUUCACCUGAUUCACAUUUGAAA